AUGCUACCGUUCGUGGCGCUAACCCACGAUAUCUCCGCCUCCGUCGCCUCCAUCCUCCUCUCGCCCUCCUCUCGCUCCAUCCAUCCGCACCUCUUUCAGGCUUGGAAUUUCACCCCCAGCCCGCGCGCACCCAGCCCUCCCCCCUCCGCGCAUCCUGAGCAGCCGCUUGAAUACGGAUGCUUCUUCCCCACCCCGCCCAUUUCCCUCGCUCCGCCUGCUCUCCCCGUCAUCCCCGGGACUGCUUACACCCCCACCGCCGGUAGUAGCGCCGCCAGCGCCAACGCCUACAUUAGUGCUUUACCUGACCCCCCAUGCGCGAUCGACCUUGCGCAAUCGAAGAAGGACCAGCAGCUUCUGCGGGCGGAAGGGAACUGUUGGGAGGUGGAUGGUGACGGACGGUUGGGACAGCAGCAGCAGCAGCAGCAGCAGCAGCAGCAGCAGCAGCCGCAACAGCAACACCAGGAGCAGGAGAUCGUAACACAGGUGGUGAAACAGCCGCUACAGCGGAGCCUCAGUCCCUCCCGCGAACGGCGGAAGAGCGUGCUGCGCAGCAGCGGAGAUGGCGGAAGCUUCUCCGCGCGACCGUUCUCCGGCGCGACAGAGAGCUCGGGUCACAGUAAGCCCGGAGCAAUCGGCGCUGAUUGCGGCAGACGAAGCGCGCGCGCGAGCGGGCAGCGGAUAUGA